AUAAAAACAAUAUUUAUCACUCAGAUUUUAGUGUAUACUGUAUAGUGUAUAAUUUUGUUAUUCAUUAUUUGACUUGGGUGUCAACAAAUAAGUUGUUAACCGAACUUUGUGAUAUAUGCGUAGAAAUAUUUGUAUUCAGUCAACAAUUCAUUACUCACGAUUGACGUAGUGAAAAGGAAUGAUAUAAUGUAACAGUUGAUCGAUUCGACUUUAUUACAUUAUUUACAUUUAUAUUUAUCGUUGUAGGCAUUUAGAUACUUACAGAUUGGACAUUCAACAUGGUUACUACAGAGUUAGAGAAUAAUAAAAUUGAAGAAGGAGUUACAUUAAAUAACAUGACUGAACAAAAUCGCAACAAGACACAGUCCAAAAAUUUCAAUCAUGUGGGUGCAUAUUCGUCAUUGUAUACAAUAUGUCAGAUAGUUGGAUUAUUACUUAUACUUUCUGUAUUUUAUUGGAUUCUCAAUUUCCGAGGAGGAUUUGGGUUUACUGAAGCCAAAAUCAUAUUCAACUGGCACCCACUUUUAAUGACAAUUGGUUUUAUUUAUUUAUUUGCAAAUUCUAUUCUUCAUUAUCGAACAUUCCGCAAUUAUAAUAAACGAGAUUUGAAAAAUCAACAUGCUAUUAUACAUGGUUGUGUAAUUGUUCUUGUACUACUUGCUGGCUGGGCCUCUUAUGCUUCACAUAUUUAUAGUGAUCCUCCAAUACCAAAUUUCUAUUCUUUACACAGUUGGUUGGGUAUUGUUACUAUUUCAAUGUUCCUCUCUCAGUUUAUAAGUGGGUUCGUAUCCUUCAUGUAUCCUGGAAUAGCUGCCCAAUAUAAGGAAGCUGUAAUGCCUUAUCACAUUUUCUUUGGAAUUUUCAAUUUUAUACUGGCAGUUGCUACUUCAGUUCUUGGAUUCGGCGAAAAAUUAAUUUUUGCUUUGGAUAAAGACUAUAAGAAUUACCCAAAAGAAGGAAUAUUUGGCAAUUUUUUGGGCUUACUGAGUGUUAUAUACUGUGGAUUAGUUGUGUAUCUGGUAACGAAACCAGAAUAUAAGAGAGAACCUAAACCUGAAGACGGUGUGUUGUUAACUGGAGCCUUAGAAUAACAGAUAUCCUAUUUAUAUUUAUUUAGUAACAAGUAAUAAUAUAAUUUAUUUACAAAAAAAAUAAGGUAAUAUUAUUUUUCCAUGGCUUAUGUUCUAUUAUUAAGUUAAUCUAAUUUUGCUUUUGUUUAAUUAUAUUUUUUAAAUUUUAUAUUGGAAUAAUUUUUUUCAAGCAUUUAUUUAAACCCACAGUUUUAUUUUUAUUUAUGCAUUUUUUUAUUUUCAUUAUACAAAAUUAAAAUAUUAAAUUUCUUUAUAAAUACAAAUUUUAUAAACAAUAUUAUUAUUAUUAUUAUUAUUUUUUAAGUAUAAUUAAAAAAUUACUGAAAUGUAUUUUUUCUAUUUACAACUAUUUGGAUAACUAUAAUAUCAUUACAUAAUUAAAGUUAUAAUAUCAACCAAUAUUUUUCAAAUUAUUGUAAUAUAAACUAUUGUAUUCAUCUA